GCCUCCACCAAGCGGCCUGAGGCGCUGCGAGGGGCGCAGAGAAGCGGCCGCCGCCGCCGCCGCCGUGGCAGCAGAAGCGGGCCAUGCGUGUCCACGCGGACCUCGCCUGCCUGGCCGAUCCGACGGGGCUUCCAGGCGCAGCGAUGUUGGAGGCCUCGGAGGCGACGGGCCACUCCCGGCAACUGCUGCUCCAGCUCAACGCGCAGCGCACCAAGGGCUUCCUCUGCGACGUGAUCCUGGUGGUGCAGAACGCGCUCUUCCGCGCCCACAAGAACGUGCUGGCGGCCAGCAGCGCCUACCUCAAGGCCCUGGUAGUGCACGACAACCUCAUCAACCUGGACCAGGAGAUGGUCAGCCCGGCCGUCUUCCGCGCCGUCCUCGACUUUAUCUACACCGGUCGCCUGGGCCCCGGGGCCGAGGGCGAGGCUGAGCCGGCUGGCGUGACCAGCGCCGAGCCCGCUUUGGGAGCCAUCCUGGCCGCCGCCAGCUACCUGCAGAUCCCGGACCUGGUGGCCUUGUGCAAGAGGAAGCUGAAGCGCUCCGGCAAAUACUACCAGCUCCGCGGUGGCGGUGGCGGCGGCGGGAGCUAUUCGGCCUCCGCGCCCUUCGGAAAGCUGGCCAGGGGCCUCCGCGCCGCCACGCCGGUUAUCCAGAGUUGCUUCGGGGCGCCGCCGCGGCCGGUGGAGCCGAGCAAUCCGCUCAGCACCCACUGCGGGGAGCUGUACGCCGCCGCUGCCGCCGCCGCCCACCCGCACGGGCUGUGCCCCCCGCUCUGCGGCCUCGACCUCUCCAAGAAAAGCCCGAACGGACCUUCCCCGCAGCUGCCGCCGCCGCCCGAGAGCCGCCUCCGAGCAGCGGUGGAGAGCCGCGAGGGGGUCCUGCAGCCGCGGCCCGAGAGCCCGGCCUUGCUGCCUCCCCACGCGGCCUUCGGGGACCCGGGCUCCACGGCCCCGCUCCAGGCCGCCUUCGCCCACCUGCACCAUCGCGGCAGCGGCGGCAGCAGCCCCGGGACGGAGCCGAGCGCUCGCGUCGAGGUAGCGCCCGAAUUCCUGUACCGCUGGAUGAAGCACGAGCCGCUGGUGGCGGGUUACGUCGAGGAGGAGGACGACGAGGAGGAGGAGGACGAGGGCGACUGUGGCGGUGCUCGGCGGGAGCCGGGCGGCGGCGGCGGCGAGCGAGAACUGGAGCCCCAAGCUCCGUCGCCUUCCGGGCCGGCCCCGCCACCCCCUCGCCACUACUUGGAGAGCGCGGAGCCGGACGGCGAGGGCGAGGACCUGGAGCCCGACAAGAGCACCAGCGAGGAGACGGGCUGCAGCAGCGGCGGCCCUUCCCCCGCGGGGGGCAGCCUGGAGCGCUACCUGGGCUAUGAGCCCGAGAGCUUCGGGGGCGACAACCUCUACGUCUGCAUCCCCUGCGGGAAGGGCUUCCCGUCCUCCGAGCAGCUGAACGCGCACGUGGAGGCCCACAACGAGGAGGACGAGCUGUACCGCAAAGAGGCGGCCGAAGCGGCUGCGGCGGCGGCGGGGCAGGGCUCGCCCUACCUGGACAAGGCCCCGCCGCUGCCGGCGCCCCCGCCGCCCCCGCCGCCCUCGGGGGGCCCGCCGGGCUGCGACCUGCUGCGCCCCUACCGCUGCGCCUCCUGCGACAAGGCGUACAAGGACCCGGCCACGCUGCGCCAGCACGAGAAGACGCACUGGCUGACGCGGCCCUACCCGUGCUCCAUCUGCGGCAAGAAGUUCACGCAGCGCGGCACCAUGACCCGCCACAUGCGCAGCCACCUGGGCCUGAAGCCCUUCGCCUGCGACGCCUGCGGGAUGCGCUUCACCCGCCAGUACCGGCUGACCGAGCACAUGCGCAUCCACUCCGGCGAGAAGCCCUACGAGUGCCAGGUCUGCGGGGGGAAGUUCGCCCAGCAGCGCAACCUGCUCAGCCACAUGAAGAUGCACGCCGCCGCCGCCGCAGCCGCCGCCUCCGCCGGCCCCGACGGGAAGCUGAAGCUGGACUUCCCCGAGGGGGUGCUCGCCAUGGCGCGGCUGGCGCAGCAGCCCCCGCCGGACAAGGAGCUCUUCCAGCACACCUCGCACUUCCUGGCCGCCGCUGCCGCCGCCGCCGCCGCCGCCGCCGACCCCAAGGCCGCCCUGGAGAGCCUCUACCUCGGGCUCAGCCCCGACAAGACGGCCGAGGUCCUGGCCCAGGGCGCCGUGGUGGCCGCCACCCACCACCUGCACAACGACCACCACGCUCGGACCAUAGGCCGCUUCUCGCCCCCCUGACAAGCCCCCGUCCUUCGGGGUGCCGCCAGCGCCAGGGCCACCCCCGGCUGCGCGCCCGGCUCCUCCGCUGCGCUUUCGCGCUCCCCGCGCCCCCCCCAGCCCAGGAGAGCCAAUUCGUCCCUACCUCAAGAGGGUCUCCUCCCCCUCAGCCGCCCCCGACCGCGGAGGUCUCGGGCGGCAGAGGAGGGGGCGCCGGGCAGCGUCGCCCCUGCGCCAGACGAUACUCGCCAGGGGGUGGGGGGAGCGAUCUUGUGGCGGCCGGGAAGAGCCCCCCCGCGUCCCCGGCAAGGCCCUCCGGCCUCAGGAACCCCUUGAGGCUAAGGCAGGGGAGCCCCGCCCGGCCUCCAGCCCCCAGAAGGUGGCGGUGGGGCCGGUGCAGACCCCCGGCAUCGGAUCCAGCUUGCUGCUGCGCUGGAGCCGCUGCCUUGCAAGGA